AUGAGUGAACAAGAAGUUAAAAAUCAAGAGUUUAAAAACUUAGUCAAUAGAUUCAAAUUCGUAAGGGUUUUGGAUUCCAAUCCGCAAACAAAGGUUUUAUCUCUAUUGGGUAAAAUCGACGAUAAAGAUGCUAUUUUAACAGCUGAGAAAACUCAUUUCCUGUUCGAUGAAACUAAAAGGUCACAAUAUAAUCUGAACUUUAAUGAUUCUAACGAAGACGAUAAUAACCCUCCUAUCUUCUACCAUUGCGAAAACGAAUAUUCUUGUGUAAAUGGUAUCGAAGAAGUCACUGAAAUUGCUUCAAAUGACAUUUAUCAUUGGGGGUUGGUUCUUCUUAAACAAGACAUUGAGCAAAGCCCUACUGCAAGAUUGAACAUCAUCUGGCCUGCUUCAACUGUUCAUGUCAAGAGAUAUGAAAAGCAGAGUUACCAUUUAAUAAGAGAAACCCCUGAAAUAUAUAAAAAUAUAGUUAGACCCUACAUCGAUGAGUCGAUAGCAAAGGGGAAAUUGAGUUGGGUUAAUGAAAUUUUAUAUGAAGAUGUUGAAGCUGACAGAGUGGUGUAUAAAGAUUUUUCUGAAGAUUCAAAAAGAGACGGCUUUGUCAUUUUGCCAAAUACCAAGUGGGAUGGUGUCAAUUUAGAUUCCCUAUAUCUAGUGGCCAUCGUUUAUAGAAAUGACCUUACUUCUGUCAGAGAUUUAAAACCAUCCGAUAGAGACUGGUUAAUUAAUAUUAACAACAAGAUUAGAUCAAUCGUUCCUGCUUGCUACAACUAUGGUGUCCAUGCUGAUGAAUUAAGGAUAUUUGUUCAUUACCAACCUUCAUAUUACUAUUUCCAUAUCCACAUUGUUAAUAUUAAACAUGCAGGUUUGGAGGACAACAUGGCUGCAGGAAAGGCAAUCUUGUUAGAUGAAAUCAUUGAUAAUCUAAAUUUCUUAGGUCCAAACGGUUACCAAGAUAAGACUUUGACAUAUGUUAUUGGUGAAAAUACAGACUUAUGGAAGAGAGGUUUGAAAGAUGAAGUAGAGAAACAAUUAGAAAGUGACGGAAUUCCUAAAACUCCUGCUAUUAUUAAUACUUUUGACGAAGGCCACUAA